AUGGAAGAAGGAGGGGGACCGUCACGUCAACAGCCAUUCGCGGUCAUAGAUCAAGUGUUUCGUGCCUCUCCGGCAGAGGAAGCGGGGUUGAAAAAUGGUGAUCUGCUCGUCUCUCUGGGCACUGUGAAUGCCCAGAAUCACAACAACUUUGCGGCCAUCGUAGCCUUGGUCCAGGAAAACGAGGGGCGCGUGCUUCGGGUGGAAGUGCAACGACCCCAAGAAGCUUCGGCCGGAGGCCCGUCGUCUGCGCCGAGGAAGGAGACCGUGGUCAUGUCAUUGAUCCCACACGCAUGGAGCGGGCGAGGACUGCUCGGAUGUCAUCUGACAGCCGUGUCGUCUUGA